UCAGACAAAAAGGCAUAGCAAGCAACUGUCAAAACACAGUGCCAAGUUGAAUAUUGUCAGCUUCCUUCCAUCUGCUGUCUCAAAAACCUAGCUUCUCUCUUGCAUUCCAGGGAUGCUGACGGAGGAGGAGAGCCAGAUUCCGGCACAAAGUGUUUCUCCUAAAGAAAAAGAAAAUGACUCUGGAUAAUGUAACAUCAGCUACUCGAAGAAGACAGUGGGCAGACACUGCAGCUUUUAGUUCACACCAGGGUAGCAGAAGUCAGCUUGCUUCUUGCUUCCUUUAAGUGAUUGGCUUUGGUGAACGCAAUAGUUGUUCGGGUACACAGGAAUCUGCUUAAUCUUUCAAAUGCUGGUCAUGCUCCCCAGGUAAUUGCAUUCGACAACAAAUUCUGCAAUGUUAAAGUGAAGGAAAUUGGAUAUAAAAUACCCAACGAUUGUGAUGUGGGCUUUCAGGAAGGUGAUGGUUCAAGAGGCUAGUGUGUACUAUAGCGGAGGCAUAGACACAGCAAAGACUUGUUGUAUAGCACCUUGUGCUGAAGGCCUAAACUCCUCAAUUUCUCAGGGCACCAAGAAAAAUCUUUGGGCCUGCCUCAAAGGUUGCAGUGGCAGAGAUUCCUCUGGAGUCAAGCAAAAGACGGCUUGAAUCCCAGCUUCUCAGCUUGGCAAAAAACCACUUUCCAUGUCUCAACUCAUCUCUUUAUUCAUGCUACUCUUUACUAUUAUCAUUCCUAUAAAAUGUUAUAGGAAAAAUAAUAGCUAACAGUUAUGGAGCACUCGGUAUCUGCCAAGCACCUCUGAUGAAUUAUCUCACUUAACCCUCAAACUAACACUGGAAGGCAGUUAUUGUCGUUCCAUACGAUAGGUGAGGACAUCUGCACUCUGAAUGGUUAAUCGCUUAUCUGCAUCUAUACAACUAAGCAGGUGAUAGGAUUCAAACCCAAGUGGCUUCAUUCCAGAGUCUGCACUUAACGCUACCGCUAUCCUGUGCGACUCAAAUGCAGAUAAGGGUUGCAAAAGCCUGGCACACUGGGGGUAAGGAAUGUCAGUGCUUUUUCCGCCAACGUGGCCGCGCGAGUCAGUUGUAACCCGGCAUCCAGAACCUUCUCCGUAGGGGCCUUGCCUGGGACUACAACUCCCAGGAUGCCGCAGGCGGAGAAGCUGGCCAAUCAGGGGGCGCGGCUUCGCCUUCACCGUCGGCUCACUGCUCCUGUCAGAACCUCGGUGACGGUUGGCCAGUUUUUUUACAGUGGCUCUGAAAUGAGAGAAAUUGCAGAAAUUCUUCCUGCUCAGGAAAAGGUAGAGGCAAGGAUUGACUUAAAGAUGGGUAAGAAGCGUGUUACUGAUCAUAAGCUAAAUGUGGACAAAGUAAUUAAAAAUAUUAGCACAAUUUCUUCGGAGUUGAAGAAGAUGAAAGAGCUCUCCCAGUUAUUGCUUUGUGACCUUAUCCUACAUUUUAAUCAUCCCAUCAAGACUGAGAACUUAGCAGAAGCAGAAAGAAACAACCCCCUCUUUGAAGAGUCUAAAAUAUCAGAUGUAUCCCUUGUUUCUAACAGUUUUUCUAUCUGAUUUCUUAUUUGUUAUGAGUUUCUGUUUUAUUGUUGAACUAACAAAUAUUUGGGAGAGUUGAGUUUACUAAUUUGUAUAUAUAUAUAAUUUAAAACAAAAUAAAAAUAAUGUAAACAAGCA